UUCUCUUCUCCUUCAUCACCAUUUUCAAAUAACAAACCUCCUCUUCUCUCGCUGCUGUGGAGGAUUUUCUCGAGCUUUCCAAGAAUCUUGUUCUGAAGAAAAUCUCUUCUCCACUAGCAGCAGCAGCGUUUUCUGUUUCAUCAUAUUCAAUUCCAAUGGCUCGCUCUUUCUCCAACGUUAAGAUCCUCUCCGCUCUCGUUGCCGACGGAUUCUCUUCCACUCUCACAAGGCGUGGAUAUGCUUCGCAAGGACUUGCGUCUAGUCUGGUUAAAGGAGGAAGUGUUGCGGCGGCGAGGAAUAGUAAUUUGUUGAAGAAAUCGGGAGAGGAGAAAGUUGUUGGAUCAUCUGAGAAGGUUUCUUGGGUGCCGGAUCCUGUCACGGGGUAUUACCGACCGGAGAAUCGUUCUGAUGAGAUCGAUGUUGCCGAACUUCGAUCGAUUCUCCUUAAGAACAAGAACUAAUAAUGCUUUUAACGAAAUGAAUUGAUAGAAAUUUAUAUUAACAAAAAAAAAAAAGAAACCCAAAGCGAGAAGAGGCCUUCGGGCUUCGGAUCGAGAUGUUGUUGAAAGAGGAUUGGAUCGGGCUUGAGUAUGGAAUUUAUGAAGCAGUUUGGGGGGGGGGGGUUUAAAACAGGCUCUACGGCGGACAGCAGUUAGGGCUUCAAUCGGCGGUGUGAUUCCAAUUCCCGUUUAUAUGUUAAGUUUCUUUACUAUACUCUGUUUCUUUAGGAAUUUGAAUGUUUUUGGGUUUGCUGUAAUCUUGAAACACUACUAUACAGUGAAUGAAAAUAGGCACUAGCCUUUGGUUUCUGCU